AAAUCUAUUUGUUUUGAAAAAUGCUACAAAUGAGUAGUCAACGUGCAAAUUACCCUCGUCCCACACUUUACCGCAACAUCACAGCAAGAUUAGCCUGACCUGCGCAUGAGUUGACCCGCGUCGUUUGCGCAGACAUCCCGCGGCGUGUUGACGAAUGGACCAGUUUCAGUUUGGUGAAAUUAAAACGGGCAAAAUGUUGAGAAUUCUCGGUUUGUUCGUGGUAAUAUGUGCGAUGUGUGGGGCUGAUAUUCCCGUCGCUCCUCCCGCCCCUCCACGAGUUUAUUGUGGAGAUAUGCCUGCGAACAUUAUUACUUGCGGUUCCAUUCCCCAAAUUAUUCCUCAUGGGAUACAAAGUAGGUGUCCAGGAUCAAAUAAAUGUGACGUAAUGAAGUGCGUCGUCAAAGAAAUGGGCUGGCUGGACGGAUCGAGCAUAAAGACCGCCAAGCUUGGCAAGUACUUGGACGACUUUGCGAAGGAACACCCCGACUGGGCUGCCGCCAUUGCGCAGGCUAAAGCCACGUGUCUCGUGCAGAACUUACCCGCCCAGGGGUAUUACGUCGACUGCCCCGCGUAUGACGUCACGUUCUGCAUGCUGGCCACUUUCAUAAGGAACGUGCCUCCAUCCCAGUGGUCUUCAUCAAGUGACUGCGCGUACGCUCGCCAGUACGCCGGCGCGUGCGCCGUUUGUCCGGACGACUGCUUCGCGCCCGCUAUUCCUACCGGGUCUUGCAACUCCUGCCGAGUGCUUCCACGUUCGCCCUAGGAGGAUAUGACGAUGAUGAAUGAACAAUGUUAAGGCUGUGGUCUCCUAUUUACGCCGUAGGCCGCGUCACAAGGCUUACUAUAGAAAUGCACGUUCGUGAUCUUCUUCAGAUCUUCCUUCGUGGUUGUGGAUUCCGGGUGAAGCUCGCUUCCACCUUCGGCCUUAUCGUCACUUACCAUCAGGUGAUAUACAGGCCAAGAGCUUCCUCGUUGUGGAUAAAAAAAAAUGUUGACGUCGGCGUAUGGACACUAUGGACGUCGAUAAGAACGUUUGACGCUGACGUCGUAGGCCACGUAUAGCGUUUAAUGGGAGACCA